CCUGCCCGCGCCCCAGUCAAGGCCAUGGCGGCCUCGCUUCUGCUGCGGCAAGGAGGAGCAGGGGUGCUGAAGACUGUGCUCCUAGAAGCAGGAGUGUUUCGAGGACUUGUUUCUACAGUUUCUCUCUCUGCAGAAUCAAGAAAGAAUGAAAAGGGAUUGCCACUGAAUCCCAAGAAGCAUAGUCCACCAAAAAAGUCCGCGCCAGCGGCCACCCCAGCUGAGCUGUUUGACAACACCACCUACAAGAAUCUCCAGCAUCAUGAUUACAGCACGUACACCUUCUUGGACCUAAACCUGGAGCUUUCGAAGUUCAGGAUGCUUCAGCCCUCUUCAGGAGGAGAGUCACCUCGCCACUGAGAGCUCAGCUUAAAACUUAACCUUCAGUGUCUUUCUACAUU